GCAGUGACUCAACUGCGCAUAGAGCGGAAAAACACAAACAUGGCUUCUUGCGUUCGUCAGGCUCCAGAAUUGUUUCAUUGCCUCUCUUAGUUUUCGUCGCUUAGCUUUGUGCUGUCACAGUGAUGUCCGAUGGCAGCGAGUCCCGGAGAUGCUGAUGCUGAUGAGCCGCCGUCUAUGCUGUGGGGCCUGGACCCCGUCUUCUCAGCAUACUCCAGACUCUACAUCACCGACAUCCUACAGAUGAAAGAGUCCAGACAAGUACCUGGUGUUUAUUUCUACAAGACUCACCCAAUCUUUAAGGUGGAUGUACUGGGGACGGUUGUUUACAAGCGAGAGAGAGAAGAUUUCUACUGCUAUGGAGUAGAUGAUAGCACUGGUGUCAUAAACUGUCUUUGUUGGAAGGAUGAGAAAUCGAGUGAUCGAGGAGAAUCAUUUAAAUCCAGAUAUCCUAGCGGACUCUCUAGAGGAUUUAACAUCGAAGAUGAACUCAGACGGCUGAGGGAGGCUGAACGGAAGAGCGCCGUGCUGGAGAUCGGAGAGCUGCUGAGGGUACGAGGAACCGUCAAAACCUCCAGGGAUGUGAGGGAGAUCAGCGCCACCUCCUUCUGUAAAGUAAGUGAUCCUGUGAUGGCAGAGCAGAUAUCGCGCAUGCUGGAAAUGCCUCAGCUUUACAGAAAGUGCUAUGAUCAGCCCUUCCAGAUGCCAGGAGAUGACCUGGGUAACACAGAAGCAGGCGGUUCCUCACGUUUCCACUGUUUGCUUUCCCGGUCCGUUCUCACCCUUAAGGAGUUCUUCUCAGAGAAAGAGGUCGCCAGGUUUCGUUUAUAUGAUGUGGAGUUCCUCUUACAUCCGCUGAUACAGAGUUCUUCAGCAGAACAGGAGUCAGAUCAACCCGGGACGUCAUUUGCCAUGCAAACUCGAAACCUUCUGAAAGAGACUCUGAGCGUUCUCCAGGAUGAGGGUCAGAUAUUCCGGAAAAUACGGACGCAGGAUGAAGUCUACAACGUAACAGAGCAAGACAAAGAUCUUCACACAGCGAUCAUGGAUGUAUUAAGAGAGGAUACCAAACGGGAAAAAUAUGCUGAGAAGGGAUGCCACGUCCUGCAUGUUCUGUCCAGCGUGAGGCAGCGCUACAGCCAAAACCUGAGUCGAGAGGUGCUGGAGGUUGCCCUGACUUUCUUAGAAUGCAAUAGUGACAUAAUAAGCACAACAGAAGCGCACUACACUGUUUUGUAGCAUCGUUUUUUUUAAUUCCAUAAAAUAUAAUCAAAGCGUUAAAAAAAACAAGUAGCUGACAAUCAUGAAGACAUAAUAUUAAAAAGUUGUUGUUGAAAUCAUUAAAGUACAUUUCAUACAAAUUUUAUUGUUUUUAUUUAUUUAUUUAUUUAUUUUUUUUAAACCCCCGUGGUUCAGCAUUAAAAGAGCACACAGAUGUACGGUAUUUUCUUAAGUGUUAUUUUUGACGCCAGUUUAUCUCUGUAGUAGAUUAAACAAACUUUGAAUAAUUGAGUAUUUGUACCCUUUAGUCCAAAUGUUAUAGCCCUGUUGAAAAGGUUUUAAAAUAAUAGGAGCUGGAAGCAACCCGUUUCCUUUCACUUCCAUUAUGCUGCAAAGAGUGUCCUGGGACUUUGUUGUUAAAGCUUCUAAGAAUCCUUUCAGAAAGCUCCUAAUUUAUCUUAAAAUUCUACAUAGGAUUUCUACACAUAUAUAUCCACACACACACACACACACACACACACACACACACACACAUAUAUAUAUAGGAUUUCUACACAUGUGUAUGUGUGUAUGUGUGUGUGUGUGUGUGUGUGUGUGUGUAUACACACACAUUUUUUCCAGUUACCAAAGAUGUUAGUGUACUUAAUUUAGCGCUAUAACAUGUUGGAGAUUGCAUAUCUCUAAUAAAAUGAGUCACAAACACGA